AUUGUUAUGGCAUUAUUGUUCACCAUAGGAUAUAUUGUGAUCAUCUUCGAAGAGUCCUUAUCUUUCAAUAAAAGUGGAAUAGGACUUUUGAUUGCCGUGAGUUUGUGGGUUGUGCGAAGCAUCGGUGCUCCUUGUCUUGAAAUUGUUGUUUUAGAGCUUCAACAUGCAACAACUGAAGUUAGUCAAAUAGUCUUCUACUUGGUCGGUGCAAUGACCAUUGUGGAGAUUGUUGAUGCGCACCAAGGAUUUAAGCUGAUUACAGAUUAUAUAACAACCCGGAAACCAAAAUUACUUUUACUGAUGGUUGGUUUUGCAUCAUUUUUCCUCAGCUCAGUUCUUGACAACCUAACAACUACUAUUGUUAUGGUUUCUCUACUGAAAAAUCUGGUUCCUCCAUCAGAAUACCGCAAACUUUUAGGAGCAGUUGUGGUUAUAUCAGCAAAUGCAGGAGGAGCUUGGACUCCUAUUGGUGAUGUUACUACGACUAUGUUAUGGAUACAUGGCCAUAUAUCGACAUUUUCGACUAUAAAGAAUCUUCUAUUACCUUCAGCGGUUUCGUUUAUCGUUCCACUGGUUCUAAUGUCAUUGACCAGUGAGGUAAAUGGAAUGAGACUGAAUACUCCUCCUAGUCUAUUAUUAGCUUCUGAGCAGAUUGCUCCAAGAGGAAAGCUUGUAUUUGGGGUUGGCUUUGGAGCUUUGGUUUUUGUCCCAGUGUUUAAGUCCCUAACCGGGUUGCCUCCUUUCAUGGGUGUCAUGUUGGGUCUUGGAGUUCUUUGGAUUUUGACAGAUGCAAUCCAUUAUGGUGGCUCAGAGAGAAAACAUCUAAAAGUUCCACGUGCUUUGUCUCGGAUUGACACACAAGGAGCUCUGUUUUUCCUUGGGAUUCUUUUAUCUAUCAGCAGUCUUGAAGCGGCUGGGAUUCUCAGAGAGAUUGCAAACUAUCUUGAUGCUCAUAUACUCAAUGUUGAACUCAUUGCAAGUAUUGUUGGUUGUGUAUCAGCCAUCAUAGACAAUGUCCCAUUGGUUGCAGCAACUAUGGCGAUGUAUGAUCACUCAACAUUCCCUCAAGAUUCCGAGUUUUGGCAGCUCAUUGCUUUUUGCGCUGGAACUGGUGGUUCCAUACUUAUCACUGGAUCUGCUGCUGGAGUAGCCUUCAUGAGUCUGGAGAAAGUCGAUUUCUUUUGGUACUUCCGUAAGGUGAGUUGUUUUGCUUUUGUUGGUUAUGCUGCUGGUAUCGUGACUUACCUCGCGGUCCACAGUUUCCCUCUUCAGCUUCAAACAACUGUACUUCAUAGUUCAUAUCCCUUUGCUGACUGA